AUGAGUGAAGAAGUCUGCUUUACAGAAAUCAAAAAGAAGAACAGCAGCAAGCAUUUCCCAUUGAUAGAUCUUACUGAAAUCAAACCUCAAGUCAGUUUCCUAGAGAGCCUAUGUAAAUACAUCCUACUAUUUUUAUAGUAUAGAAGAAAUACCAACUCAACAAAAAAAUACAAUAAUACACUCUUGGCAAGGUCUAUUUGGAGUCCCAUAAUGAGAAAGCAAUAUUUAGAGUUUUCCAGGAUUCUGAUCUGAACAUCUCUUCAAUAUUCUAAAAGAAACUUAAUAAAACAUCAGUUGAUGAUGAUGUUAUGACUACUAGUUCUUAGAUUGCCAAUGCCAAUAGACAAAAUAGGAAGGACGUAAUCUUUCGAAUUUUUGAAGUAGAGAAACCUCAACGUCCUAAACAGAUUCCCUUAGAAGAAAUGGAACGUUCUCUCUUUGGAACUACUUAAGAAAACAACCCAUUCUUCACACAAUAGCUCCAAGGAGCAAAUGCAAGUAAAUUGUUUUUAUCAUAAUAAUGAAUUAUUCAAUAAAUUAUAUAAUACUUACUUAAUUCUUGAAUGAGUAAUUUCUAUGAUGAGAAAGGCUCCACUCUAACUCAGAACAGGUAUUACUAAGAAUGCUAUCUAAAGAAAGAAAAAGGCUCUGGAAAAUGUGAUCAAUCAAUUAAGUUAAUCAACAUCAAAAUAAUCCUACUCUCAUAUUCUCAUAUAACAAUCCAAACCCUAAAGUUGCAUUGAAAAGCUGAAUUCAUCAUAAUAUUACUACGCAAGAUCAAAAUAAGAUAGAAAUAUUAUAAAUAGCUCUUUGCUUUAAGAUAUUGGCAUUAUAGAUUUGGAGAUCUAAAAGAUGACAGUGGAUUAUGAGACUCCUACCAAUUAAACUUAGAUUAUGAAUUCGAAUAACAGAUUAUUUAAUCUUAAAGCCAUUGUUUCCCAAUUAAAUUAGACAGAUGCAUCGAAGUCUGAUUUUAAAAUUUCAUUAAUAAAUAAAAUUAAAAAGUCUAAUGGCAAUCAUUAUAAAUUACAUAAAUACAAUGAAGGUUCAUAUUCAAAAUUAGCAGAAUCUUAGAGAAAUAGCUCAAACUAAAAAAAUAUGGUUGAAGUUAAAAUUAUAGAUAUACCUAAAUAAAACGCAUCAACAACUAAAAACUAAGCUGAUGUGAUUAGCCCUUAAAAUAUUAUAAAGUAAAAACUAUUUUUUUUAAGUUUUAGAAGUCAAAAUCAUUAAGUUAAAAAAUUAUCUUUAAAAAUUAACUCUGAGAGAAACAAGGUUAAUAUUACUCAGCCGAUCUAAAAGCAUAAUUCAUUUCAUGCAAAGAAGUCUAGUGAUAUUCAAAUGAAUUAGACACAUAAUGUAAUCGAAAUUAGUUUAUUUUAGGUUCCAAAGAAAUUAGGUGAUGUACAUGAUGAAAUCAAGAAAAUCAUAAAGGAUGGUAAUAAACUGGAGAAGGCAGUUAAAAUUUAUAAUACUUUAAAACACUUGGUUCAAUAACAAUCUAUAUUCUAAUCAAGAGAGAUUGUAUAAAAAGAAUAUAAAAAUAGAAUAAUCCAAUGA